AUGUCCGACGAGAUUUUGGCGUAUCUCUGGGACGAUCCUCCUGCUCUAGCGGCCUGUGGUCUUACUUGCAGAGCGUGGCUGCCGAUUGCUCGCACUCAACUCUUCCGCGUCGUGCGUUUGAAGGGAGAUAAGAGUUACAGCCGUUUUCGGGCCCUACUGAAGGCGUCCCCAGCCGUUGCACACUACGUUCGCAAACUUGAUUUGUCCCAGAAGUGGGCUUCCGUAAAGACUGAUACGCGGCUGGAGUGCGGGUGGGUUGAGCUGUUGCUCCGGUUGCCUCGUGUCGAAGAAGUUCAUCUCACGGGAAUGAACUUCCACUUGACGAAUAAGUUGUGGUGCGGACUCCGCAGCCGCACUCCUGUUCUGUCCAUCAAGGCACUUCAUCUAUCGAAUGUACCCUAUGUGGAUAGCGAGCUCCAGCUAUUCCUCUCCGCGUGUUCGAGGCUUUCCGUCCUUCACAUGCAUACCACCAGGUCUACCGUCACAUUCACAGGAAUCGCUAGAUCCCUUGCUCUUGUUAGAUGGCCGUUGGUGUCAUGGUACACGAUGGAGAGAUCGCUCUCGAAUGUCUUCAGUUCCGGGCGCAGCCGACCAACCCCCGUGUGGGUUCCGGAUGCUUUGCGGCUCGAAGACUUUGCAUUUCACCCGAUAUUUGGAUGCGCCGGAGUCCUCUCCUGGCUUCUCUCCCGUGCGUGUCGCCCACAAACACUUUCAAUUUCAAGUCGUACCUUCUCCCCUGAAUACACCCUCCUCGUGAAUGCGCUUCUCUCGCAAGCAGGAGAUUCUGUCCACGAUCUUACGCUAUCGAUCUUCAACGGCUUCCGUCCCGUCUCUCCUUCAUAUCCAGGGCUCGAUUCCCCCAAUCUCAAGUCGAACACUGGUCUUGAGACGCUGCGGAUUGACGCGCCUCUGGACCACGAGGACAACUUUUGGUGCCAAUGUUGGUCCGGGUUACAGCAGGUCCUGUCCGAUAUUGGCCCACAACACACCAAGCUUCGUAACCUUCAAUUGUGGAUUUGUCCCUCACAGCUCGACGACGCCAAACGCGAUUGGUCCAUCAUAGAUCUGCUCUUAUCCCAAAUCGCAUCUCAUCGCCCGAAUCUUGUUGUGACUUUGUCUCUGUGUCCGCCAAGCUAUCCUCGCGGAAGACGAAUAGCUUGGAUGGGUGAUUUCGCAACAGCUCUCCUCGACGGACUGCCUCAGUUGCUUGCUGCGACUCGGCGUGUGGCUUUGCUGUGGACUGACAGUGCUGCAGAAUACGAGCUGCUUUAUGAGGUUGUGCGGACCAUGUGA